GCCCAGUUUUAUGGUUGUAUGGUCUGUGGCUACUUUGUAAAGACUACGGUCAUUUACUGUCAGUUCGAAGUCACGAAAUCUGCUGGUCCAAAGCUCAUGCUGCUAUGUUCGUUUGCUAAACACCACAUCGAAAGUUUCUGGUUGACUAACCGAAAACAAUAAAUUGAGCCAAAGCCACAGUUAUUGCUGAAAAUGUUGGGUAACUAUGGUGAAUGCAUGCUCAGGUGGGCCUAAAAAAACACAAACAGUCUGGACAUUUCUGUUAUGUACACAGACACUGGUAGACUAUAGAGCAUAAAAGUGAAAGUCCCAUCUUGAG